AUGCCAUCUCCAGACUCCAGUCACAACUCCAACGAGGGUCGCCGAGUCCAUGGCCACCGCCCACCAACAGCAAAGAGAAACCUCUGUGUAUAUUGCACACGGAGCUUCAAACGCGCCGAACACCUUCAGCGCCAUAUUCGCACUCACACCAAGGAUAAGCCAUACGUCUGUCAGUGUGGUACCGCUUUCGCACGCCGUGACCUGCUCACUCGACAUGAGCGGCUUUCUCAUGGACACAACAGCUCUCACCAAGGGGUACAAAAAUCUGUCGAUUACGAAGACUCGACGGGUGAUGCUGUUGCGCAAUCAUUUACAGAGACACGAAGUGUAGCAGGCGUUUCAGUAUCGCGUUGGACUGCACCUAACUCUAAUGAGGGUAUUGGGUCCCAAUGGCCCCAGAGGGAGCAGAGUGAGACAAUUUACCAGAACCUUUCCGAUGGGGAUUUGAGCACAUUAUCACGAAUCACGAGGCCGGUUCCUUCUGUGUCCGAUGGGACAGGGGCUGAUCAACAAUAUGGGCAGUCUAUGCCUCGACAUAGUGGGGAUACGCCUUUGAGUCCAGAGGCAACCUUCAAUUUCUUCAAUGAUGAUGGUCAUCACUUUCAGGAAUUUGCUAGCUUCCUUGACAGCAUAGGACUUCCGGCAGAGUGGACACCACCCGACUUCACGCAUGAAGUCAAUACCAAUGGGGUUGACGCUGAGAGUCAUGACAAGAGGGAAUCAAAUAACUUGCGCUCGACGAACGAUGAAUCCUGCCCUGGUUCUCCUUUUGGCUCAUGGCCUCCUUCAGUACCACAAGGCGACCAUCCUCUGACCUCUAUAUCAGAUACAGAUCCUCAUGAUUCCAACUUCAAGACAUAUUCCAUGAGAGUGGACUCCGAUAUUCGAGCACGUUUCAAUGCCUGUCUAGAAAAGUAUCAUGACAUUAUCCCAGAUUUUGUCUUGCCCUCUAGACAUACUCUCACUAGAUACAUCAAAUCUUUCUUUGGAGGAUUCCAUUCUCAUCUUCAGUUCCUUCAUGCUCCAACUUUCCGACCGGGCAAUUGCCCCAUUGAACUCAUCUUAGCCAUAUGCGCUACAGGUGCUCAGUAUUGUUUUGAGCAUCGAAACUCAAGGACUCUCUUCCGCACUUCGAAAGCAAUUAUUUUAGCAAAUCUGUCCCAAAGGGAAAUCGCGGUCAGCCAAAGGGCAGAAUUAAUGUUAUCACCUCUGAAUUUGGGCAGUCGACUCAUUCAGCAGCCUUCUGGCUCUCAUUUCUCCACUGUGGUGUCUUCAAAUUCGGAGCAUGCGAAUUCUACACCUUACAAAGAAAUGGAUACAAUCCGCUGUUUAUUGAUCCUGAUGGGCUAUGCUACUUGGGAAGAUUCAGAGCUGCUUCAUGAAGCACUUAGCCUCCAAAGUUUACUUGUUCACUGCCUUAGAGAGGCGGGGCUACGAGAAACCGUUGAAAAUAAUCCAAGCUCAGCAGAUUUAUCGUGGGCUGAAUGGUCAGAGCAAGAGUCUGUUCGAAGAACAAAGCUUGUCUCAUUCACAUUCAUCCAUGUUCACAGCAUCGCAUAUAACGUUUACCCGGCACUACGGAGUAAUGAGAUUUACCUUCGCUUGCCCUGCUCGACAAGAGAAUGGAAUGCUCAAACUGCUGUUCAGUGGCAAGCCGCACGGCGCGAUGUAAAGGCAGAGCAGCUUCAUUACCAAGAUGCCUUGUCCCGCCUUCUUACAAAUUCAGGGAGCAACGCCCACAUUGACCCCACGCCUGCACCGCUUGGAAAUUACAUACUUCUCCAUGGGCUCCUUCAAAGAAUACAUCUGAUACGGGAGCUAUCUCUCUCCGCACUGGAUUACUCGACGGCUUUGCCAGAUGAAGAAUUGAACAAGAUUGAACGGGCACUUCGAUCAUGGACUCUGGUCUGGAAACAAGCGCCGGAAUCAAGCCUCGAUCCAUCAAACGAGAAUGGGCCAAUUCCGUUUACAUCCAGUGCCCUCCUUGGCCUUGCCUAUAUUCGUGCAUGCAUGAAUUUAGGCCCUCACCGAGCACUCGAGACCCGAAAUCCAUUGCUAAUCGCCGCUGGUAUCUGGAAAGCACCAUCCCCAUCGCGGGGUCGUUUCUUGAUCCCCGCCCUAAUAUACUCUACACAUGCGCUGAGCAUCCCCGUUCGGCUUGGAAUUGACAGUGUUGCGCGUAGUCAAGCAUUUUUCUGGAGUGUCCGCCAUUGCCUAUCCAGUCUCGAAUGCGCGGUCUUUUUAAGUAAAUGGUUAUGUUCAUUAUCCGAACUUCAUGAUACUCAAUCAUUGUCGGAAAAUGAGAACCGUAUCCUCCGCUGGGUCAACGCCAUUGUACAAGAAGCAAUAUCUUACUUGGACAUUGACAAGGCGGAUAUUGGCACAGACGUCGACAUCUCGCGGCCACGUACACUUGGCCUGGCAGUCUCAAGGCUUUGGGCACGUCUCUUUAUGCAUAAUGUGCAAUGGCCAUUCAUCAAUAUUAUUGGCCAGGGUUUGCAGAAAUACUCAGAGACGUUACAGGCCGGGUAA